AUGCGCGAAAAUUUAAUUGUUGUCAUUUCUUUUUUUGUCGUUGUGCUUAUCUCACAUACGACAAGCAUUCGGUUUUAUAUUCCGCCGAAUAGUAAGAAAUGUUUGAAGGAUGAAAUACACAAGAAUAAGGAAGUUUCUGGUUUCUAUGAAUUUCCUAAUUCUGAAGUCUACAUCACCUCUGUUCACGUAAGUCAUGCAUUAAAUAGAGCUUGUUUUAUUACUCAUGUCGUUUGUAAAUUUGUGUCACACGAAUCAAAAUUUAUUUACCUCAAUUAUUUUCAUGUGACGGAUACCAAUGGGCAUACACUUUAUCAAAGAGAACGUUUCACAGAAACUAGUGGCAAAUUUGCAUUCACAGCUGAUGAAUAUGAUAUCUUUGAAAUGUGUUUUAGUACACAUUUACCUCCAAAUAGUCAAGGUGCUGAACGCGAAGUUUAUUUGGAAAUAAGAAAAGGAGUUGAUGCUAAAAAUUAUAGUGCAAUCGCUAAAGCUGAACAACUGAAACCUUUGGAAGCUGAGUUAAGACGGUUGGAGGAUUUAUCUGAUUCGAUUGUACAAGAUUUCGCUUAUAUGCGGCAGAGAGAAGAAGAGAUGAGAUCUACCAAUGAAUCUACGAAUAGUCGGGUACUGUACUUGAGUAUAUUUUCCAUGUUAUGUCUUCUCGGUUUGGCUAUCUGGCAAGUGUUAUACCUUCGUCGGUAUUUUAAAGCGAAGAAACUGAUUGACUGA